CUUGCCGACGAAACGAAUAUACUCAAAGAUUGGGUAUAACUGACAUUUCACGUUUAACAAAAAUAAAAAAUGAAAUUGACAUUUCUCAUUUCUCAAUAUCCUCCCCCAUAAUUGAUACAGAGUUGGAGGCAUCAGAGAAAAAGAGAGAGAGAGCGAUCUCACUCUCAAUGGCGGCGAUAACAAGCGCGGUGAUCGCAAUUGCCGGAAUCAUCUUGGGAUGGAUAACGAUAGAGUUAGCUUGUAAGCCAUGCCUGGAGUCAGGCCGUGAAGCUAUCGACAGAUCUCUCAACCCCGAUUACGAUCCCGACGACCAAGACGACGUCGUCGACACAUCAUCCGGUCUUCGUGCUCCUCUCAUCCCAAAUCCUCCUCCCGAUAACUCCGAUCCUGAUCCCUCCACCGCGAUCAAGUCCGUCUGAUCGAUCUUGAGCUUUUGUUUGUAUUUAUUUUUUUCCCUCAUUUUGCCAUAUCCUUGUGUAAACAUCUCUCUCGUCUCCUAAUUUCAGUUGAUUUGUGCAAUUCCUAUUGAAUGCUUUGUGUGUUUUGUUCUUUUUGCAAAGUAUUCAAUGAAGCAACAAUUCGAGAUCUAUCAAUACGAUUAAGGUUCUUAUUUGUUA